UUUUUUUGUACCUUUCUUGCUACUUGAAUGUUCUUCUACUUAUGGUGAAUUUGAAAAAAAUGGUCACUUGUUCUUACAUUUGUUGAUCUGUUGUCGGUAGCUAGAAGGGAUUGUGUGGGGAAAUGGAAAAUAUCUCUGGUGUCAGCUUUUCUAAUAAUUCUUGUUAGCGACUGACUAUGCCUUUUCAUCUCCCAAAUCUGAUGCCUUGUCUGAUCUGGGAGUUUAUCGGAUUCCUAAAAAAUCAGCAGAUUCUUCAUCUGUUUUGGGUACGCUUUCUGACAGUUGGGUUUUUUUAUGGUUUUAUCCCUUUUGCCAUUUUUCUCACAUGGGCAAGUUUUGAUUGUUGGUGAUGAUUAUCAGAAUUCAGAAUUUCAAUUGGGCUCCAUUGCUUUCUGAUGCAAAGUUUGGAGUUAGUAAAAGCUUUGAUCUUGAUUACAUUCUUUUGGUUUGUUCUGAAGUGCACGUAUGGUAUUUGAGAAAAUAACUGAAUAAAAGAAGUGCCUUUUUUUUUCUUUUCCCCGAAUCUCUCUACUUCAUUGUAGAUUGUAUAUAUGUUUGAUUAGAAGAUUUUUUCCUUUCAGAAAUUAAUGUAAAAUCACGGUUGAUUAUUCAAAUCGACCGAGAAGGAGCUAGUAAACUGUGUUUAUGGGUUGGCUAGCCAAGAUUCUCAGAGGCCCCAAUCACAGACUCUCGAGAGGGCAGUAUCAUGGGAAAUAUGAAGAUGAAAUAGUUUGGGAAGGACCUCGAAGAUCAGCGGAUCGAGUGUCGGAUUUUGACAAAGAAGAACUUGACCGAGCAAUUGCACUCUCUAUUGCCGAAGAAGACGCGAAAGGGAAAAAAGUAGUAGAUGAUAAUGAUGAUGGUGAUGAUGAUGAUGACGAGGUUCGGUUACAGGAAGAUGAAGAGCUGGCGAAGGCUAUCCAAGAAAGCUGGAAUCUGAAGUUAUCUCCACCUCAUUCGCCUCAUACUCCAUCACCUCCACCUCGAUCACCUAGAUAUGAUUACGGGAGUUUCUUAUCGCCUUAUCCUUUCAUGAACCCUUCAGCAUACAGAAUGUGUGCUGGUUGCCAUAGUGAAAUCGGCCAUGGAAGAUAUUUGAGUUGCAUGGGAGCUGUUUGGCAUCCAGAGUGUUUUCUUUGUCAUGCUUGCAAUCACCCAAUAUCCGAUUAUGAGUUUUCCUUGUCUGAUAAUCGCCCGUUUCAUAAGUCCUGUUACAAAGACCUGCACCACCCGAAAUGCGAUGUCUGUAAACACUUCAUCCCGACAAAUGGGGCCGGACUUAUUGAGUACAGAGCACAUCCUUUCUGGCACCAAAAGUACUGCCCUACGCACGAACAUGAUGGGACACCUCGUUGUUGCAGUUGUGAAAGAAUGGAGGGUCAUCACCAUAUGCCUGAGACCAGAGGACUUUGCCUGUCCGAAGAGCAAACUGUUAGCACUAUAUUGAGGCGGCCGACAAUAGGAGGGUACCGAAUAGUAGACAUGUUCACCGAGCCUUAUAAGCUCGUACGGAAAUGUGAAGUAACAGCAAUCCUUAUUUUAUACGGUCUGCCCAGGCUGUUGACGGGGUCGAUUUUGGCUCACGAGAUGAUGCAUGCAUGGCUACGACUCAGAGGCUACCCAAAUCUUAGCCCAGACGUAGAAGAAGGCAUAUGCCAAGUGUUGGCCCAUAUGUGGUUGGAUUCUGAAAUUGUAGCCGGUUCUGGUAGUAAUACGGCAUCUACUUCAUCAUCUUCUUCGUCUGCUUCAUCCUCAAUGACAUCAUCAUCAUCAUCAUCAUCAUCAACAUCACCAUCAACAUCAUCAUCAGCAUCAUCUGGAUCCUCAAAAAAAGGAAAACGGUCUGAAUUCGAGAAAAAGUUGGGUGAGUUUUUCAAGCACCAGAUAGAAUCGGACUCUUCUGCUGCUUAUGGAGAUGGGUUCAGAGAAGGGAAUAAGGCAGUGCUCAAGUAUGGUCUCAAGAGGACUCUCGAUCACAUUCGGCUCACAGGAAGCUUCCCUUGUUAA